ACAUUUGCAGCACAGCAAGCUGUCCAAGCAGAGUAUUUUCUUCCAAAUUUAACUUCAAGGAAAAAGAAAGAAAACCAACCUCCAGAAAUUAUUGCAUCUGAAUUUAGCACUAACCUCUUCAAAACAGUAUGGCUUCUUCUUUACCUUCUUCUGCCAUAAUUCCACCAUCUUUCAAGCAUUAUAGACGUCAAGGCUUUCAAGUUAGAGCCCAAAGCUGUAAAGACGGAGGUAGAUCAAGUAACCGCGUUGACGCGAGUUUGAGUAUUUUAAGGGAGAGAAUAGAGCACGUGAAGAUCAAGGAGAAGCUAGAGAAAUGUUGCAGAUGUGAGUAUGGUUGGAAUUAUGCAGCUGGCUGUAAUCAUAUGGUGAAAAGAGAUGAGGCGAUAUCAGAAUUCUUUGAGCUUGUGAGUUUGGUUGGGGCAACUCUUGGCUUCACCUUCCUUACUGGCACUGUUUUCCUUUGCCUUGUUUCUAUUUUUGUUCAGUUCAAUCAAUAA